UUUCAGUUUCAAUUCAGACGAAGUGCAAAAUUGGUUAUUAACACGCUACAAUGGAAAACAACGACAACAACAAAGAAGAAACUGUUCUCUGUGGAAACUGUAAAAAGGACAUCGCCAAAUCCAAUUUCGCACUCCACGAACCUCACUGUAGACGGUUCUUGUGUGUCUGUCCUGACUGCGAUGAGCCGGUUCCGCGAGAACAGCUCGAAGAACACCACGCAGAACAACACACACAGGUGAAUUGCUCCAAGUGCAAUGUUAAAGUGGAGCGCUGCCACCUAAUGGAUCAUGAGGCAGAUGAGUGCAAGGAGAGGUUGGUCACUUGUGAGUUUUGUGAGCUGGAACUCCCUCUGUCCGCCAUGGAGGAGCACACUGUGGCCUGCGGUAGCCGGACGGAGCGCUGCUCAGACUGUGGCCGCUACGUCACCCUGAAGGACCAGCUCCGUCACGCUGACAUCUGCUCCGCCUCAGCAGCAUCAGCAGACACUAGCACUGAUGAGCAGAAGGCUGCAGCUCACAACACAAACAGGCCAACUCUAGCUCUUUGCUGGAAAUGCAAAAGAUGUUUUCCAUCAGAAUACCUGGAGGGGCAUCUGCUGGAGUGCACCUCCUCCACACCAUCCGAGGCCCAGGAGGACGAGAGAGAGGAGCGGGCCUCAACCCCGGAUUCGGACUCAGAUUCUGGGCCUCAAGCGGGCACAAUUGGGCUCCGUCUGUCUGAUGUACUGAACAGAGGAGGGGAGCUGGACCAGAUCAACAGCUGUCCCAUUUGCCACCUGACCCUGCCAAUGAAGACUCUCAGCUGGCACGUGAAAAAGUGCCAACUUUUUAAACAUCUGAAGAGCACGGAGAUCAAUGACGCAAAGUGAAAUGAUGGUGCACUUGAUGACCCUACAAUCAGUGAACAAAUAAUGUGCCUUUCAUCUGUGAAGUGCUUAAAAACGCUCACACUAACUCACUUAUGUUUGAAAAAAUGUUGGAAACUGACACUAUUUAACAGUAUGUGAGCAUUUAACAUAGCCUAAUAUGUCAGAAAUUUGAAAUAUAAGAUGGCUGUUAUGUCAGUCCAGCAAAAAUGAGAACAAUAUAUACAAUAUGCAAAUAAUAUUCACAGAUACUUUCAAAUAUUAUCAUGUAUUUAGGUACAGUAGUUAACACUUUU